UCCUGACCUCGUGAUCCACCGGCCUCGGCCUCCCAUACUGCUGGGAUUACAGGUAUGAGCCACCACACCCAGUCUAUGCUGCUACUUUCUAUCAUGCUGGUAAGGCCAAGAACAGAAUUAAGACCUCACUGUUCUCCCUCAACAUGCUUAGGGCUCUUUUAUUGUUCAGCUAUGUUCCCUCCUUCCCUCCGUUUCCUAUCCCAAAAGGACAUCAGAAUUAUCCUGGCUCCCUGCUGUGAACAAUGAGAGGAAGGAACACUGGUUCUUCACAUGCUGCACAGAUCUCAUCUCCCCUGUAAUCUCCCCUGAGUCCCCAGCAGGGUUCCCCUUCCUCUCAUUGUCCUUGCCACUGGCUUGAACUUGUCAUUUUGAUCUGUCAUAGGAUGAGGAGCAGGACAGAUCAGACUUGGUCUAUGGGGCCUAAGGGAAAAAACUAGGAACAAAGGGUAAAAGAUAGAGGGAGAAGAUUGCAGCUCAAAGCUGCACGUCAAUGGAACGGGCUGUCUCCUGACGUGAGCAGAAGCUGAACAGUGGUUGCCUGGGAGGAGAUUCGGUCAUCAGGGGCUAGGUAGAAAGAGGUGACCACCAUUGUCUACCAGAUGGUAAGGUCGAGGGCAGGGACCCUGUCUGGGGUGUCCCUAUAAUCCCCAGCCCUAAGACUGAGCCUUGUUCACUGCUGGUGUCUGAGGUCUGCCCACUGCAUUGGAAAGAAUUUGUCCUCUCAGACCCUGAGGCACCUACUGAGAGGUGACCAUGGCCUGAGAGGCCCGAAGAUUAUACAGUCCCUGUUCCACCUGACAUUUGAGACCUGCAUGAUACAUGUAAAAUUGAUGGCUCAGACGAAGAGGCAGAACAACCAAGCCCGAUGGCCAAGGAGAGAGGAGAUUUAAACUGAGUUUGAAGGGCUCUGUUUUUUCUCCUUUUUCACCCCCAUCCACAGUAAUGAGUCAGGAAAAUUCUGGCGUUGGAAAAAGAGUUGAGGAGGUAACAUAGAAGGACAGAUCAAUGGUCCGGAGUGAGACAGGGAGGAGACAGGGAGCUUAGUACAUCUUGACCUUGCGGCUCUGGGGAAGGUGGCACAUGUAAGCUAUAAAUUCUAAUCUCUGCUCUGACCACGGCCGCUGUAUUAAAGAGAAAAUUUCUCUUGACCCCUGCCAAGAAAACCAAAAACCAAAUAAUUUCUCUUGCCUCAACUUACCCCCCAUCACAUGAGACCUAAGAGAACAUACAGGUCAGAGCUGCUUGGGAACCCCAAAAGUGGAAUCUAUUAGCUGCUCUGAGUCUUGAUCCCUUUUAUCCCUGGAUACUGAGUGCCCAUGAAUGCCCAGAAUCUGAAGCAGUCCCAUUCUUUCGGGAGGGAGAUCUUUAAGAGUCUCAUCGACUGAUGUAGUGUGGUUAAGGUGCUGUCAGGAAGCAGGGAGAUGGAUAAGUUGGCUCUUAAGGCCUCUUCCAGCCUAAGCCUACCCUUCCUUGUUCCCUCCUCCCCCUACACCCACCAGCUUCUUGGGGACUAGCAAGGAGAGAGCAGGCAGGCCGCCCAGCUAGGAGUAAUUGAAAGGAGCAGAUGAGAGGGGAAUGUGUCCUCCCCCAAUGCCCCUGCCCCACAGGGGCUGCUGAGAAAUGAAAACUAAUCAAAUUACACCCGACGGCCUCCCGACCCGUGCACAGGAGCCCGCCUGGGCCAGGGACAGGCUGGCUGGGUGGGGUGGGGGCCAUGGGGGAGAGAGAAGGGGAAUCACAUCUAAUCCACUGUAAACGUCUUGAUGUGCAGCAACAGCUUAGAGGGGGCUCAGGUUUCUGUGGCGUUGGCUAUAUUUAUCUCUGGUUCCAUGCCAGCGGGGAGGGUUUAAAUGGCACCCAGCAGUUGGCGUGAGGGGCUGCAGGAGCUUGGGGUCUGGUGGCAGGAACAAGCCUUUUCCGACCCCAUGGAGCUGUAUGAGACAUCCCCCUACUUCUACCAGGAACCCCGCUUCUAUGACGGGGAAAACUACCUGCCUGUCCACCUCCAGGGCUUCGAGCCACCAGGCUAUGAGCGGACGGAGCUCACCCUGAGCCCCGAGACCCCAGGGCCCCUCGAAGACAAGGGGCUGGGCACCCCCGAGCACUGUCCGGGCCAGUGCCUUCCGUGGGCGUGUAAGGUGUGUAAGAGGAAGUCGGUGUCCGUGGACCGGCGGCGGGCGGCCACACUGAGGGAGAAGCGCAGGCUCAAGAAGGUGAAUGAGGCCUUCGAGGCCCUGAAGAGGAGCACCCUGCUCAACCCCAACCAGCGGCUGCCCAAGGUGGAGAUCCUGCGCAGCGCCAUCCAAUACAUCGAGCGCCUCCAGACCCUGCUCAGCUCCCUCAACCAGGAGGAGCGUGACCUCCGCUACCGGGGCGGGGGCGGGCCCCAGCCAGGGGUGCCUAGCGAAUGCAGCUCUCACAGCGCCUCCUGCAGUCCAGAGUGGGGCAGCGCACUGGAGUUUGGCGCCAACCCCGGGGAUCAUCUGCUCACGGCUGACCCUACAGAUGCCCACAACCUGCACUCCCUCACCUCCAUCGUGGACAGCAUCACAGUGGAAGAUGUGUCUGUGGCCUUCCCAGAUGAAACCAUGCCCAACUGAGAUUGUCUGCCAAGCCAGGCAUCCUUGCAAGCCCCCCAAGCUGACCACAGAUGCCACUGCUUCUGUAGCAGGGGCCUCCUAAGCCAGGCUACCCUGAUGCUAGGAAGCCAGCUCUGGGGUGCCAUAGGCCAGACUAUCCCCUUCCUCAUCCAUGUAAGGUUAACCCACCCCCCAGCAAGGUACUGGAUGCCCUCAUUCAGCUGCCUCCUUAGAGGACAGGGCAUCCCCUUUCCAGGAAGGUAAAGCAGGGGACCAGAGCGCCCCCUCAUGUAUGCCCCAGUUCAGGGGGCAAACUCAGGAGUUUCCUUUUUAUCAUAACAUGGCCUCUAAUUCCACCCCCUAAGUGAAACGGUUUGAGAGACACAGACAGUGUCCUGACCUGGACAAGCUGUGCACGUCUCCUGUUCUGGUCUCUUCCCGAUGCCAGUGGCUGGGCUGGGCCUGCCCUGAAUUGAGAGAAAAGAAAGGGAGAGAAACAAUCCUCUGUUCCCAAGUCCCUGGGGGGCCAAACUUUUGCAGUGAAUAUUGGGAACCUUCCAGUGGUUUUAUGUUUUGUUUUGUUUUGUGUGUUGUUUGUAAAGCUGCCAUCUGACCAAGGUCUCCUGUGCUGAAGUUGCCAGGGACAGGCAGGGAAAGGGGGUUGGGGGCUCUUGGGGGUGAUUUCUUUUGUUAACUAAGCAUCGUGUGGUUUUGCCAUUGUUUUGUAUUUUUUUUUUUUUUUGCUAACUUAUUUGGAUUUCCUUUUUUAAAAAAUGAAUAAAGACUGGUUGCCAGAA